AGGAUGCAGUCCACAGAGUGCGAUUUGUCCAGGGAGAAGCAGCACUGCCCCACCCCUCACACCAUGACCCUCUUUGUUGACGAUACAGGUUGCCCCUUGCGUUUCUUCAUCAGACCCGGCAGUGCCAAGUGCCGCUUUUUGCCUGUAAUCGAGCAGGGGGGCGGGGUGAUGUGCCGCAUACAGGAGCCGGGUGCAAUAUCCCUGGCUGACCCAAAGGAGCAGGGUGGGGUCGCUGCUCCGGGAUACUUCUCCGUGCAGUACAUCCUCGACUGUGUGGAGAAAAACGAGAGGCUGGACCUGGAGGGGUACAGGCUGGGGUCGACCCAGCAGGAGCGAGCUGAUUCUACAAGCAGUGGCCUGUGCUGGACAGGGCGCUUUGGGUACAGCAGAGAGGAGCACAGCAGCAAGGAGAGCCUGGUCAGGGGCAACAAGAUCUGGCAAGAGAUGGAGCGCGCUGCCGUGACCUGCCACACCUGGCAGUCCAUGAAGGACCGCUAUAGGAAGCACCUGGCCGGCCGGAUGGAGGCGUUCCAGGUUGAGGACCUCGCAGCCACACCGAGCAACGCGGCAACAUGUUCCACCAAGAAGAAAAGCAAACUCGAGGAAACCGAGGCCAUGGACACUUCAUCAGACCAGCAAGUUGAAAACCAGGCUGUGGAGCAAGAGGAAGUGAAGGAGCCGACAAACAGAGCAGAGAAAGGGGAAGAAGUCCUGGAGAAAGAGGUGAGCGACACAGAAGUGGAGAUUCGUCAAGGACAAGAGGUAACUGUGGAGUCCACCCAGCUCACACAGAGCAGCAGUGCAAAGCGCCGGAAAUUGGGGAUUCUGGAAUUGGCAAUCCGUGAAUUUCAGUCCGAUGAUGAGACCCCACAUCUAGAAGUGACCGGCGAGGCAAGAGGUCAUGAGGAAGCAGGGGCCCAGAGUGUUGUAGCUGGCCAGGAGAGCAUGCCCAUGGCUGGGAGAGCAGAGUUAGGGCAGCCCCAGAGUCCCUUGUCUUGGCUUUGCAAGGUAGAUUCCCAGACGCAGGAGGGAGCGUCCGGCCCCUCAGACGCCUCUGAAAACCAGGAAAAGAGGAUUGCCCCAGAGACGGAACCAAGGGCUGAAGAGAGAGAGGUAGGGACCCAGACUGUUGUAGCUGGCCAGGAGAGUGUGCUUGUUGCUGGGAGAGCUGAGUUAGGGCAGCCCCAAAGCCCCUUGUCUUGGCUUUGCAAGUUUAUGAUGCACAGGAACAUUUUAGAUUCCCAUACACAGAAGGGUGAAGAGAGGGCGUCCGACCCCUCUCAGGCUGAGGUAGUAGACGCCAUCGCUGCUGUGCAGUUCCUGAUGGAUGAGUUUGGAGUGGACCUGGCGUGCGUGAUGCAGAGCUUGCUGAAGAACAGCGGUGAUUUCCAGGCUGUGCUGCACUACCUGCACACCGGCCGCAGAGCGGACGGGAGACCCCUCUGGACACGGCACGAUGAUCUGGCUCUGCAGUCAGGAGACCCCACCACAAAACAGGCUCUAAUACUCAAGUAUGGAGAGGAAAACGUGGCCAAGAGGGUGGCAUUUUUCAAUACCUGACAUGCAGAGGGAUUAAAGGCUGUUUUUGCUCUUGCUGUUCUUGUAUGUUAAUAAAAAUAAAAAACACUGUGAAAUGGUUCACAUUUUUCAGUGCAGUUUGGAAACUGGAUUGUUUUGGUUCAGAUUUAAAAAAUGUUUUAAUGACAAUGACAAUAUUACUGUCUCCAAUUUGUAAAAAUGAAUAUGCCAGGAUAUCAAAGGGAUUGUGCUUGUCAUCUGAAAUCCUGGUUUGAAUGUGCACUAGCUUUAACAGGGGAUCACUGGGGUUGGUUGAUAAAUGUAUUAUUUUUGUUACCAAGUUUUUCCCACUGUAAAAAAAA